AUGGCCGUUGCCGUGGUCUCUGAUGCGGAGCAGCCACACUUGGGGAAGUUUUUGCGAGCAUCAAAAGCAUUUCAGCCCGGUGAUCUGCUGCUUCGUGAGGAGCCCCUGCUGCGGCUCAGGCGUUGGCAGGAUGCCCUGGCCGCUGCGAACGCGCUGCGCAAGGCACAGCUCUUUGUCCCUGAGGGUGAGAGCCCAUCCAUGAGGCGCUUGCAGCAAGCAACUGCAUCUGAGGCUGACCCUGAAACCGCGCUGUUUGUCCGAAGUGUGGUGCAUUUCAACUCCUUUGGAGCGGGCCCAUCUGGGCGAGAGCAGGUGGUUUUUCCAACGUUGGCACGAGCCAACCACUCUUGUUUACCCAACUGCCUUGUUGAUGCUGAUUUGGGCACUCUUCGUGCAGUGCGACCAAUCACCAUUGGCGAGGAAGUCACCGUGUCCUAUUUGGAUGAUGCAGGAUUGCUCAUGGACGUAAAGUCCCGGCAGAAGGAGCUGCAGGAGCGCUAUGAGUUCAGGUGUCAAUGCCGAAGGUGCACUUCAGUGGAUGACACCCGGAGGUUUAGUUGCACGUGUGGAGGGGAUCAGCUACCCGAACGGGGACGCCUCCGCUGUCAGCAGUGUGAACGGAGCAGUGAGGGGUCUGAGCUCUUCGAGGCCGAAGAGAAGGCUGCCAAGUCCUUGGAAGCGGCACGCUCUGGAGAUUUGGAAGAAGAAGAUGAGGGCCAUGAGCUGAUGAAAUGUCAUCGGAACCUUGCAGUCAAAGUUUGUUCUCAGCCAGUAGAUUUUGUUGGGAAAGGUCAAAGGCACUCCAUACCUGAUUCUACAACAUUACAUGAUUCUUUGUUCUUGGGUCACUAUGACAGCAUUGUACAAUGA